AUGAACUCUUUAACAAAGAUCGCGCAGGCAUUACCUGCAGAUUUCAAACCAUGGUGGAAAACAUCACAUCUCCUAUGGCUGAACAGCCACCUCGCCAGCCUAAUCCUCUUCUCCAGCACCUUCGGCUAUGACAUCUCCCUGAUGAACGGCCUGCAAUCUCUCCCGCAAUGGCAAACAUUCAUGUCACACCCGACCGGAUCAUGGCUAGGCUUUAUCAAUGCCCUCCAGAGCAUCGGCAGUAUAGUCUUUCUGCCCAUCCAAGCCUGGUCCGCCAAUCGUUUCGGUCGCAAGCCAACCGUGCUAACAGGAUAUAUAUUCAUGUUACUCGGCGUGGGACUGCAAGCCGGCUCCUGGAAUGCAAACACCUUCAUCUAUUCCCGCCUGCUGAUCGGCAUUGCCGGAGCCUGGUUCCAGUGUGCUGUCAUCCUCGUAACAGAGCUAGCGUACCCAUCGCAUCGAUCGCUCGUCACGGCUAUAUACAUGUGCCAGUAUUAUUUCGGGUCUUCGCUCUCCGCUUGGAUUGCGUUCGGGACGAGGAAUGUUCAAAGUGAUUGGGCGUGGCGGAUCCCCGUGCUCAUGCAGAUCGCCCUGCCGCUCUUGGCGUUGCCCGGUACUGUGGGGGUGCCGGAGUCGCCGCGGUGGCUGAUGAAGCAGGAUCGUAUGGGUGAGGCGAGAGCGAUUCUCGUUAAGUUUCAUGCUGGUGGUGAUGAGGGGUCGAAGGUUGUUGCUUUUGAGAUCGAGGAGAUUGGUAGGGGUCUGGCGCUUGAGUCGCAGAUUCAACAAUCUCGUUGGAUCGACUGUGUUAAAACACCUGGGAAUAGGUAUCGAUGCUUUUUGAGUAUCUCACUGGGCUUUUUUGCUCAGUGGAAUGGAGGCGGAGUGGUCUCAUACUAUCUCACCCUUAUUCUUGACACAAUCGGCAUAACUUCAACAACAGAUCAAACUUUGAUCAAUGCCUUCCUGCAAGUCUGGAAUCUAAUUAUGAGCGUCGUGGGCGCGUGUCUAGUGGAUCGCGCGGGCCGACGCGCUCUCUUCCUCACAUCAACGGUGAUCAUGCUGAUCAGCUAUGUUUUCAUCACUGCGUUGUCUGGCAGUUUCACGGCAACUGGCGCCAGCGCGGUAGGAACGGCGGUGAUACCGUUCCUCUUCAUCUACUAUGCUGGUUACGAUAUUGCCUUCACGCCGCUGCUCCUGGCUUACCCGGCUGAGAUCUGGACGUUUUCACUGCGCGCAAAGGGCGUGGCCAUCUCGACGAUCUCGAACUAUCUCGCGCUGGUUUUUAAUCAGCUUAUCAAUCCGAUUGCGUUUGAAAGUAUUUCUUGGAAAUACUAUUUUGUCUUUUUGGCUGUGUUGAUCGUUGUCUUGGUCACUGUGUGGACAACGUAUCCCGAGACCCGAGGGAGGUCACUUGAAGAGAUUGCAGUCAUCUUUGAUGGUGAUGGUGCAAGUGUCACUGGUGUUAUUGUGGGGAUAGAUGCGAAAGGGCGCACUGAGAAUGUGGAACGCAAAGGAAAUGUAUGA